CGGCUAAUGAGAAAAAGAAAAGUGAUGUGGACUUUAGGACUUUACAGAAGCCAUUUAGAAUGAAUAAACUGAACAUUUUAUGGACAAAAGCUCAAUUGCGUCUAACUGAGCCAAAACUAAAAUCACUGUACAGUGAUUUAAUGAUUCAAGAUAAAGAGGAGAUCACAUACAAGAGAGUUAAGAGUGAGGGUGGUGACAAGGAAGGAUUAAAGGAGGCAGAGAUACGUCGCAAGCUCACCAAUAUCAUGAAUGUGUAUGGAUUGAGAGAGCAUUUCGAUGACAAGCAUAUCGGAAGACAGAAAAUGGACCCAGAGCAUAAUUCAGCAAUGGAUGAAUACAUUAACCGGAGUUUAUUCAAAGACAAGAAGUUGAAUAUGCUGUGGUCGAAGGCGGAGGCAUCAGGGUUUACUCCGGAGGAGCUGGCGGCGCUGCGCGAGGAGUUCACACACCACCAGGAGAAGAUCGACCAGUACUAUGAUUUGCUCGGCAAUGUGGAGACUGAAGGACAUGAAGGAUUUAAAAAUGCCAUUAAUGAUGAAGAAAUGGUAAACUUCAAUGAAGUGAACUUGGAAACAAAUGAGGUAUUGAACAAGGACUUUGUGGACAAGGCCAACUUGUUAAGAGAUAAGCACCGCGGCCUGCGAGAUGGAUAUGACCGUCUCCAGCGCAUUUCCGCCAGAGGUCCCAACAACAAGGAGUUCGUGGAGCCGAAGGUGCAAGGCUUGUGGCGAAUGGCCGCCGCCGCUAACUUCACGGUCGACGAGCUCGCCUCUAUAAAGGUGGAGCUGCAGCACUACGAGUCUCGCCUGCUGAAGCUGCGGCACCU